AUGCACAUAGCCAAGGAGGAGCGCGGGAAGAUGCAGGUCACCAGCACGCAGGGUGCUAGUGACGAGGAAUGGAGAGCUGAGCACCCUAAGCCUGUGGUGACGGCUGUGGCUUCUCUAAAUUUAUUCUCUAAGCCCCGGCUGCAGGCCAGGGUGGCUCCCCCAUGCAGCCCUGAGAAGGCUUACAUCCAGGCCCUGCAAGGAGGCCAGAAAAAGAUGGUGCCAUCAUCCCUGAUAACGAGGAUGCAGACAAAAAUGCAGAAGAAGUUGGUGCGAGAGUUCCUGGGUGAGAUGAUGAGCAUGUACGUUAUGAUGGUGUUUGGCCUUGGCUCUGUGGCCCAUAGUGUUCUAGGAGAGAAUAAAUUUGGGAGUUACCUUGGAGUCAACUUGGGAUUUGGCUUUGGAGUCACCAUGGGAGUCCACAUUGCAGGAGGCAUCUCAGGGGCCCACAUGAACUCAGCCGUGACCUUCGCCAACUGUGCUCUCGGCCGCAUGUCCUGGAAGAAGUUUCCUAUCUAUGUCCUGGGUCAAUUCCUGGGCUCCUUUCUGGCCGCUGCCACUAUCUACUGCCUCUUCUACAAUGCCAUCUACAAUUUCUCAGAUGGAGAGCUGACCGUGAUUGGCCCCAAAGCAACAGCUGGCAUUUUUGCCACCUACCUUCCCAGCUACAUGACACUGUGGCAUGGAUUCCUGAAUGAGAUGUUGCUGACAGCCUUGCUCCAGCUGUGUAUCUUCGCCAUCACGGACAAGAAGAACAGCCCCGCACUGGAAGGGACACAGGCUCUGGUGAUUGGCAUCCUGGUUGCCACCAUUGGGGUGUCUCUAGGCAUGAACACAGGCUAUGCCAUCAACCCGGCCCGGGACCUGCCUCCUCGCUUCUUCACCAUCAUUGCUGGCUGGGGCCCUGAAGUCUUCAGAAACGGGAACCACUGGUGGUGGGUGCCGGUGGUGGCAACACCUCUGGGUGCCUUCAUAGGCGGCAUCAUCUACCUGAUCUUCCUUGGCUCUCCCAAGACGCCAGAGGAGCCUGGGACGUGUGAAGAUCGCAAGAUGUCCGUGGCGAUGCUGAAAGGAAAGAAGGCCAAGAGGAAGAAGGUGGCCCCGGCGCCCGCUGUGGUCAAGAAGCAGGAGGCCAAGAAGUUCACCCAGGCCUUGGACCGCCAGACAGCUACUCAGCUGCUGAAGCUGGCCCACAAGUACCGACCAGAGACCAAGAAAGAGAAGCAGCACAGGCUGCUGGCCUGGACUGAGAAGAAGGCUGCUGGCAAAGGAGACACCCCCACCAAGAGACCCCCUGUCCUCCAUGCCGGGGUGAAUACGAUCAUCACCCUGGUGGAGAACAAGAAGGCCCAACUGAUGGGUGUUCCCUACUGCAUCAUCAAGGGCAAGGCCAGGCUGGGCCGCCUCGUCCACUGGAAAAUCUGCACCACUGUUGCCUUCACGCAGGUGAACCCGGAAGAUAAAGGCGCUCUGGCGAAGCUGGUAGAAGCCAUCAGAACCAAUUACAAUGACAGAUAUGAUGAGAUCCACCACUGGGGAGCACAGAUUCUCCCCCUGAAGCCCUACCACCCGUAG